AUGCAUUCAACACUCUUUUCCGACUUCACCCAGGAACUGAGUCAGAUGUACGAGCAGCACGCAGGCGAACUGCAACUUUUAGUGGCCAACUUUAGAAAAAAGAACGCAGAACUUCGUAAAGAAAAACCGAACUGCCCCAGCUCCCUGUUCCACACCUGGGAGACGCUUUUGCAAGAGGUGGAGGCCGACUCUCAGGCGCACGGCGACAUAGCUUCGGUGUUCGGCCGCCAGGUGUCGCGACCUCUGCUCGAGCGCAGUUUCCAUCGCAAAGUGCAGGCCAGAAAGGUGUUCGCGCACCGGGAGAACUUCGAAGUGGUCAUCACAAAGGCCGAGGAUAAGUUGGCCAAGGUCAGUUGUCAUAAGUCCUUCUUCAAUAUUAAGUAUUAUGAAAAUCUCGACAAAGACUACAAAGCGGCUUACUUGGCUCACCACAACUCUCCCAAUAGCACAGCUACCCUGGCAGCUUACCUGGAUGCCCACAAUUCCUACGUCUCUCAGUUGCAUGCCACAAAUGGCAUGGUCGACCAGUACAGUCAUGAAACACUGCCGCAACUGUUGCAAGAAUUGGAAGAUGUCUACACGGAUCUGUGCAGUACACUUUCUGAUUCAGUUCUUCAAGGUGCCGAAGUUAUAUCGGCAAGGGCAACGGACCAAGCAAAACGCUAUGAAGGCCUUUCGUCGCAGUGUCGCACGGUGCAGGCUCCUACUGACCUCUCUCACUUUGUGCGCUGUCUCUCUCCCCUACCUCCUCACCCACACCCUUCCCAUAGGUUGCGGCUAUUCACCCCUCCCCAACCACCACCACUAGGCGAUGGCUCGGAUGACAAUCCGGCAUCUCAUAAUGACAUGAACUUUCCGCCUCCCCUGAAGAAUGAGCUAGUGAUCGACAGGCUAGCCUCAAUCAAUGUGAGGCAGAAAUAUGACUCACUUCGCGCUGAGGCAAACGAACUGGAAACUCAAAUCAAGCAGUUACAGGAUGCCCUGGACUCUAUGCAGAGAAUACAGCAGAGGAGUUUGGAGUCACAAGUGUUCAACAAAGUCAACGAGCUCCAGGAAGACAUCAGCAUGAAGAGGUUCGAUAUGAAAACGGCCCAAAUUCAUCUAUCGGCAGUGAAGGCUCAGAAAGAACUUUUCGGCAGUAAACUAGAGUCGGCCGAUGGCGGGGGAGGGGGUCGCGAUCGGAAAAUGUCGUCUGCCUCGACGGGCAGCAUGAAAAACAAGUGGCUAAAGGCUUUCAAAAGUCUAAAAACCACCUCCAGUCCCCCGCCACCCAACGGAACUACCAAUAAAGAGUCGGCCGACAAAAAGAACCAAAUGUACCACGCGGUAUCAGCCAUCAUUGCGAUGAGGAAAAACGGUAGAGAUGGAGGAGCUUCAUUGAAUAUGUCUGGUGAUAGUUCAGCCCAUCAGUUCCAGGAGUACACCUAUAAGAAGAUUACACCUUGUGAUGUUUGCUCGCAGGUUCUAAGAGGUCACACCCGCCAAGGCCUGAAAUGUCGAAUCUGCAAGUUGAACGUCCAUCUUGACUGUCAGGAGAAGGUAGGCCGAUGUCAGGCCAAGUCCAGAUUGCUGAGGAGGCAAAAAUCAACGUCCGAAAUCGAAACUCGAAUCACUCCAACUCAAGAAGAAGAAGGUGUGACGUCAUCAACGCUGGACGCCCAAUCGCCGCAGACCGGCGACGCGCCGACCGACAACGUGUAUCAGGUGCUCAAAACGGCCAGCUACUUCUCUAGUGCGCCUGCGCAGCGAGAAACGCGGUCGGUCACGAUUCGAACCGUGCCUGAAGCGUAUCCGCCAAGGUCGAUCAUGGUUAGCGACCGCGAUUCAAGGUCACUGAUGCCUAACGAUCGUGAUUCACGAUCUAUGAUGCCUAGCGAGCGUGAUUCACGAUCUAUGGUGCCUAGCGACCGUGAUUCACGAUCUAUGGUGCCUAGCGACCGUGAUUCACGAUCAAUGAUGCCUAAUGACCGUGAUUCACGAUCAAUGAUGCCUAACGACCGUGAUUCACGAUCUAUGAUGCCUAACGACCGUGAAUCACGAUCAAUGAUGCCUAACGACCGUGAUUCACGAUCUAUGAUGCCCAACGACCGCGAAUCAAGGUCGAUCCUGGUCACCAGUGACCGUGAUUCAAGGUCAAUGAUCCCCGGUGACCGUGAUCCAAGGUCAAUGGCACCUAGUGACCGUGACCCAAGGUCAAUGAUGGAACCAGUUGGACGUCGGAUGCCUCAGCCACAGCCACUCCAUUAUUUCUUCAACCAUUUCAUCCCUCUUUUCAAUCUUAAUAUAACUGAUUCACGAUCAAUGAUGCCUAAUGACCGUGAUUCACGAUCAAUGAUGCCUAACGACCGUGAUUCACGAUCUAUGAUGCCUAACGACCGUGAAUCACGAUCAAUGAUGCCUAACGACCGUGAUUCACGAUCUAUGAUGCCCAACGACCGCGAAUCAAGGUCGAUCCUGGUCACCAGUGACCGUGAUUCAAGGUCAAUGAUCCCCGGUGACCGUGAUCCAAGGUCAAUGGCACCUAGUGACCGUGACCCAAGGUCAAUGAUGGAACCAGUUGGACGUCGGAUGCCUCAGCCACAGCCACCUCCCUCACUUCUACGUGGUCCAUCCUCACUCACCGUCGGUCCCCCCUCACAUGCCUCAAGCUCAGAUUACGGUAUGGUUGCCGGAGCUGCGGCAAUGCAGCCGCAACUGCAGCCGCAGCCGCAGACGACAGCGGAAGCGAUGCGUCGCCGGCGGCUGUUCGGCGGAAUCCGCAGCCUCAGCAUGUUCAAUCGAGGUCCGCACCCGAACGGUCGAUCCAUCUCCCUGCCAGAAAAGCAAAGUCAUUACGCCGCCGGCACAAGACCUUUUGGACAGCCCUUGGUUUUGGGCGGAUUUCAGGAAAAUGGCGAACCCCCUUCUCCACCCCCCACCUCGAAAAAAGGAGGCGCUAAUAAAAAAAGAUCCCCGCACAGUCCCCGCAGGCAAAAAUUGAAUCUGCGCAUGAAAAGUUUGUCUCUCGAUUCGCCGGAAUCCACCGAGCAGGCGCGUAGCAGGAGAGGAGGGGCGAGCGGGGGUCCCAGUGGGAGCCAGACCCAGCCGGGUUCGAGCCAGUCUUCAUCAUCACGUUUGCAGUCCCCUUCAAGUCCAGUGCAUAACCGGAGACUUUUGUCGGCGAGAAAUAUGCGCAUGAGUUCCGUGGAGCUACCAGAUGACAAUGAAAAGUCCCUUUCCUCCGCCAGUACUUCUCCUUGCCCCUCCCCAGUGAGUAGUCGUAAACCACACAGACUGCUGCCGACAAACUUGUAUGUAGUUCUGUAUAACUUCAGAUCUCGACAUGGUGAUGAAAUGGACCUCAAGGCUGGCGAGAAGGUGACAGUGAUCGACACCUCGGACCAGGAUUGGUGGAAGGGCAAAUGCGUCGGUCGGUUCGGCUACUUCCCGUCCAAGUACGUCACCAAACUGCAUCCAGGUGAGAGGAUCCUUCAGGUCACCCACAACCUGCAGGUGUCAGACGGCGACAAUGGCCUCACCUUGCUCAGAGAUCAGAUUGUGAUCCAAGUUGGAGAAGACCUAGAUGGUAUGGUGAUGAUCCGCAGUGGAGACAACAGACAAGGUGUAUGUCCACUAAAGUUCCUCCAGGAAGUGUGACAGCACCGGGCUCUGCCGGAAUCACCACCAAGAAGUUUGGAUUCCGAGGGCGACCCCACUUCUGAGGAUGGCAGCAAGAUGAGGAUCAAGGCGUCUGCAUCAUGGGAGGAUGGAAAGUCAUCCCUUGCAGCUAGCAGGAAGGCAAUGGCCACAAAUGGUCAAAUCUGCAGAAAUGUAGAGGGGAUCAUCAAGAACCACCAACGUUAUCCUGAAGACUUCGCUACGAAUGGACAGACUUGCAGAGAAGGGAUAAUCAAGAGCUACCAACAAUAUCCAGAAGAUUUUGGAUCUUCUGCAAGCGGUACCAGACAGAGUAAAUUGGAUUCCUCAAUGUUGUCAAACAACGCCAUCCUGCAGAACUACUACACCAAGAAAAUCAACAACAACAAUCCGGUAAGGUCACAUGUUGACAAUCACCAACAUCCAUCUUCAUCGAGAACCUUCCAACCUUCAUUCUCGUUUGAAACUGAUGAGUACCUCAUCAUCCAGCAACAUCACACUGAGGUCUCUCAUAAUAUGGAAGAAGAAACUAGUGAUAAGUACAUGUUUAUUGAUAGUAGAUUUACCCAUAAAAGCAGCAGCAACAACAACAGACCAAGUAAUUUUAAGGAACCUAGUAUUAAGAGCACCAUUAAGAACAUCACAUCGAGUAGAAGUAGCCAUGUAGAUGUCACUGAUAAUAAUCACUUUGAUAGUAGGUUAAGCAAUGGGAGGUCUUCAUCGAAUAGGGUACGGGAUAGUUACAAUAACUACUACAGGUGUCAACCAUCAACAAUUGAUGAGUAUAAAACUAAAACUGAGUAUCUCUUGAGUAAGAAUAAGCAAAGGGUUGAUCAAAAAAUAAAGGAUAAAUUGAUGGCUGGGACUGGUUCAUGGACUAGGGAUAAAUCUUCCAAGAUGGAAUACAAUGCUGUUUCAAGGUAUUCUUCAAGUAAUGUAGAUGGUAGAGCAAUUUCUGAGAAUGGCAACAACUACCAAAGGUAUUCUUUAAGUAAUAUGGAUAGUAGAACAGCUUCUGAUAGUGUUUCAAGGUAUCCUUCAAGCAGUUCAGAUGGGAGACGGCUUUCUGAAAAUGAUUCCAACUACCACAGGUAUGGUUUGGAUAAUAUCAACCAAAACAUCGACAAUUCCCUUGAUAGUCUUGAUGAUAAUUCAUCAGUGUUCAGCAACACAACCAACAACAAUAUCGAGUCAUACAAGUCAGCGCCAUCUAAAUCCAGUACAGGGUAUAGUAGUUACUCAGCAGGAUACAGCCAUCAGAAGAAGAGGAGCUUGGAUUUGGAGUCAACCUACUCAGACUCCAGUACACAUUCCAACAACAGCAGCCAUUUGAACUCAGAUACAAACAGCUGUCGUAGCAGGUAUCAGUUGUUGUCAAUGACGUCAUCACUGGAUGACCGAUGCUACCAGAAUGGAGGAGUUGAUUAUAGGGUUGGGAAUGGAUUUGACAGCAACAACAACAGUGAUAAGAAUAGGGAUGUGGACUCUUUGAAGCUGUCCGAUGAUGACGAUGAUGAUGAUUUCAGAGAUGCUAGGGACACAGAAAGACAAAAUGGCGGCGCAACAUCUGUGGUGCCUGUUCCUUCGUCAACGAGGCCUUUGGGUUUGGCGCAGCAGAUUCCGAGGGCGAGAACCUAUUAUGAGACAAUUUUGUCGGCUCAGUAUUCAUCGUCGGUAGUUCCAUCUCGAACCGGUAGACAGCGCUAUCGUAGCAUCAAGAAUUUCACAUCCUUGUCAAGGCCGUUGCUCAUUGGUUAGUUUAGGGCUGGUGAAGUUGAGAAGGUAUAACUAAAACCUUCACCAAGAUGGUUGGUGAGGGGGGUGAACCGUGGAGGAACAUAGGGAUGAGCAACUACAACUACAACGAAGCUUGGGGAUGAAUUAAGGUGAGGAGAAAGGAGAAGGACGAAGAUGGUGAGAUGGGUAGGGGGGUAGUAGUGUCAGUUUUAGCCAAAAGUAAUAGAAUGAGAAGAGUAAUUAUGAAAUGAGUCAAGAAGAAGCUGACGAGAACAGGUAAUGAGAUAAAGUAUGAUAAAAACAACGAAAUUUAUUUGAAAAAGAAGAAAAGAAACUGAUGGUGGUGGGGAAGAGGAAAAAAUAUAAAAAAGAAGGGGAAGAAAAGAAAAUAAGAAUGAAGAGAAUGAAAAGAAGAUGAAGAAGAAGAAGAAGGAAAACAUGCAAGAAGAAGAAGAAGAUGACCGGUGAAAAAGAAGAAGACAG